AUGUCCGGCCGUCGUAAUCGUUCUGCAGUUGCAUGCCAAACAUGUCGUCGACGGAAAGUGCGGUGCACCGUUACUGUAACCGGCAUUCCCUGCAUCAAUUGUUCCCAGGAUGGAAUGGAGUGCACAGUCGCGCAACGACGAGGGACGCAGCAGACAAGAAAUCAGCCCCUGCGCGAGAUCCGCGCGGUGCCUCAUCCGAGGUCCAGCCCCAAGCAGAACGACAGGACAUCCCGAGUCGAAUCCGGUGAGACUGUCCGCAGCCACACCGUUUCAAAUCUGCCCAGAAACGUGUCUCAGUCCGGACGAGCUGUUUCGGAGCCAACUGCUGCGACAGGGACGACGACCCCGUAUUCCGAGCAAAGCCGGAUCGAAGACGAAGAGCGCAGUGCCGCUGACUUUGCCACGGCUUCGCUGGCGCCUCGGGAUGCCGAAGCAAAUGAUAUGCCUAUAUACACUGGCGAAUCUCUGGGGUUUUCUGCGGUUUUGGAUGUGCUCGCCACACAGGCUGUCCCCAGACACGUCUUCCGGCCAUCGUCGCAUCCUAGUCUUACCGCUCAGGAUGUCGAGUAUCUGAAGUUUAAAGGAUGCUUGACAUUGCCAUCCAGCGACAUAUGUCGCGAGCUGCUCCGUGCCUAUUUCCACCACGUGCAUCCUAUUCUACCGGUGGUGGAUGCUGCGCAGGUGUUGAAGUUUGAGCAGCAGCAUGACCGACCAGCCGAAUGGAACUUGCUACUCUUGUGGAGUAUUUUCUUCGUGGCAGUCAAUUUUAUUCCUGCCGAGACUUGCACAGUCGCAGGAUACUCUUCCCGGAAAGAGAUGAGGGAAGCCAUGUACUCCCGGGCAAAGUGUAUGUAUAACAAUGGCGGGGACGACAAAAUCACGCAGAUGCAAUCCGCCCUGCUGCUCGGAUUCUGGCACUCGGAGAUGAACAACCACGCCCAGCCCUGGUACUGGACAGGCAUUGCAAUCAACCUCGGCCAGAUCAUGGGUCUCCAUCGUGAUCCCGACGCAAUCAGAUUCAAUCCAGCCAUCAGCGGUCGUCGACGAGCUUUAUGGCGGCGUCUAUGGUGGUCCUGUUUCUUUCGAGACCGCUGGCUGAGUCUCACACUCGGACGUCCGUUGAGGAUCAACCUGCUCGAUUGUGAUCUUCCGAUGCCUUCACCCGCGGAUGUUCUGAGUGACUUGUCCGAGGUGUCGCCAUCGGUGGCAAGCCUGUUCAUCCCGGGGGACCUGGCCCAGUUGAGCGAGUAUUGGAUUCUCCUGCUGCGGCUAUCCAAGAUCCUGGGGGAUGCUCUGACCCUGAGCUAUCAGCCGAAAAGACCAAAUCCUACUAUUGAGCAAGUUGAAGCUAUAGAGUCCGAGCUGCUGACUCUCGAGAUUCCGCACGAAUGUGGCUCUAAGCAGAGCGAGUGGGCACGGUUUGCUGUUUACCACUUGCAGUUACAUUAUCAGUAUGUUAACCUCUCACACUCGUUUCUCGCAACUGACACGAAAAGAGCGUUCCUGAUUACAUUCUACCGUCCUUUUACAAAACGGCUCCCGGAAGGUGUGCCUUCAGUCAAUCAGACAACAUAUCAGUCGGCAAUCCGUGCCAAAGUAGACGCUGCUGCACUGCAGACGAACACCAUCCUCGACGCUUUGGCCCGUGAGAAACUGCUCAACUUUGCCGGCCCAAUGACUCCACCCCUCCUCGUCCCAGCCAUGCACAUCCACCUGCUCAACUGCAAGUCGGACGAUCCUCUCACGCGGCAGCUCAGUCUCAACAAACUCGACUUUUGCAUGUUGAUCCUCAAGGUCAUGCAGGACGUGCACACGGCCGCGUCGUAUUACCGGGGUAUAUUCUCGGAGGCGAUCCGCCAUCUAUCAUCCACAGCGAGUAAGCCAACCGGGCAGGGACCGGUUGUGGUCGAGACGCCGGCGUCUAUCCCAGGCGAACCCACAAUGGAGACGCUGCUCAGCGGUGAUUUUCUGGACGGGUUGAUGGACGAGGCUUCGUUUUUCAAUUUCUGGGAGCCACUCAGUAAUAUGUGA